GUUUCCGCGACCCGGAGAGAAAGUGGGAGGAGGAUGCGCGGCCGAAGGAGAGCCGGGCGGGCCGCGCGGGCGCCGGGGCAGCACCGGGGCUCGGCCGCCGGGCUCGCGCGUCCUGCGGCUCUGCCCGGGCCUCUCCGCGCUGCCUCCAGCCUCUCCGCCCCGGGACCCUUCGGCGCCCCUCCUGCCGCACUCUCGGCCUCUCUCUCCGCAUCCGUGUGGCCCUGUGGCUCCAUCGCUCCAUUUCCGCCCCUACGCGCUGGUUCUGCCCCGGGUCUGUUCCCCGCUCUGCCUUCGUUUUCAGUUUCCCUGGGUUUCUGGCUCUGCCUUCGUGUUCUCUCCUCCUCUCUGUCGGCGCUGCCCGCUGUGGGAGUCCGCUCAGUCCGCGCGCCUCCCUGUCCCCCACCCUCUGAUUCCGAGCCUCCCACCAGGAUCAGAGGCUCGGGUCCCCCCAGGUGGUUUCGUGGAUUGUUUCCUAGACCUGGUAAAAGACGCAAAACCCUCUCCCUGCCUCCCGCCUUCUCCCCGGGCCUGGCCUGGGUCAUCCCCUUGGAAUUGGGACUGGGGCAGGGAGAGCCAGUUUUCUGGGGACGCAGUUCGCCUAAGAAUUCCGGCCCUGAAAGGAGUGUGCACUACCGGAUCCUGCUGCCGGCCACCUGCCCCCUGGCCCGCUCCCAGGGCGGGGCGAUUCUGAUCCUUUACAAGUCUCGAUUUCUGAGUCCACAGGUAGAAGCAUCCAGGAGCCGGCUGGGACAAAUGUGCAGGAGUUUCCUCCAGGAGCUGAGGUGCAGGGAGAAGCUUGCCUCUCACCAGAGGACUCUGGAGGCCGUGGGCACGAUGCUGCAGGUCCUGGUGGGGGCUGUCUUCCCUGCCAUGCUAUUGGCUGCCCCCCCGCCCAUCAACAAGCUGGCCCUGUUCCCAGACAAGAGCGCCUGGUGCGAAGCCAAGAACAUCACCCAGAUCGUGGGCCACAGCGGCUGUGAGGCUAAGUCCAUCCAGAACAGGGCGUGCCUAGGACAGUGCUUCAGCUACAGCGUCCCCAACACCUUCCCGCAGUCCACAGAGUCCCUGGUGCACUGCGACUCCUGCAUGCCAGCCCAGUCCAUGUGGGAGAUUGUAACCCUGGAGUGCCCUGGCCAUGAGGUGGUGCCCAGGGUGGACAAGCUGGUGGAGAAGAUCCUGCACUGCAGCUGCCAGGCCUGCGGCAAGGAGCCCAGCCAUGAGGGCCUGAGUGUCUACGUGCAGGGCGAGGACGCGCCCGGCGCCCAGCCUGGCGCCCACCCCCACCCUCACCCUCACCCCCACACCGGUGGGCAGACCCCCGAGCCCGAGGAGCCUCCUGGCGCCCCCCAUGCUGAGGAAGAGGGGGCUGAGGACUGAGGCCUCCAUCUCCUCCCCCCUGGGCCCCCUGUGGAAUGCUGGUCUCAGCCUCCAGGGAGGAGAGAGGGGAGCAGCGGAAGCCCCCACCUUUGGCACUGGAUGGACUUGGAUUCAGACUUGGACUUGGAAUGCUGCCCGUUGCCAUGGAGAUCUGAAGGGGAGGGGCUGGAGCCACACUGCACAAUUUAAUAUAUUCGAGUGUCAGGGCAGAAGCCGAGGUCUGCAGGGCUCUUUCUGGAAAGCGUGCGUGGGGCUCUUCCUUUCUGCCUUCUAGAGAUGUGACCUGGGGAGAGGUCGGAAGUUGGCUGAGCUGCUGACGAGCGGGUGAGGCUCUGAGAAGGCAGGCCAGGCCAAGGUCCUCAAAGCCCCUGGCGGGGCGGGACCCCCGGGGGUGAGCAGACGGUGCAGCCAGAGCCUGGGACUGAGGGUGGGCAGGAGGGGCUGGGCCAGGAGCAUCCCUGGCAGGAGUGGACGCCGCCCCGCAGGUUUCCCCAGAGGCCUCCCACACCCGCAUCCCCAGAGAGGCGUCGCCUCCAGGGCGUGAAGUGGCCCCUCAGUAGGGUGGCUUGGGAGUCAGGCCAGGGCAGGACCCUGCUGGCUCAGGGCCCGGAGCCAGGAGCCAGGUUCUCUGGGCCUUGCCUUGGCGUCCUCGGCUGCCUGAGUGUGGGGAGAAGGGGUCAAAGGAAGAAUCUUCCUGGGCCAGGGGGAGGGCAAGCCCCAGGCCACCACGGAAGAAGACCGUUCCCCCCCCCCCCACAGAGAUCUUAGUGCCUGCCACUGUCCCCAAGUUCUAGGCCCUCCACAAAGCUGAUUGGAACCAACCCUGCCUCUGGGGGAAGGUCCUUAUAAAUAUUCUUUGGCCAGUGGAGUGGGGGUUGUCCCUCCCCCAGAGGCUCAGAGGAGGACCUGAGUGGACACUGACUGAGCUUCUAGGAACUCCAGGACAAGGAGGCCCUGUGGGCAGCUGUGGUGGCUUCGCCCUCCAGCUCCCUGCCCUGCCCCUCUUUCUCCCAGCUGCACUUUAACCCUGGAGGGGUGAGGGACCGAGGGGCACAGGCAGGUGGCUGGUGAAGAAGACCCCCCAGUGCCCUGAACUGCCUGUGCUGCUCUUGUGUGUCCGGGGCGCUGCCAGCCCACCAUCCCUGCCUGGGGUGCCCGCGCCCACGGCUGACCCUGUCCUGACGAGAGCUUCUAGAGCUUGUAACCAGUAGCGGUCUCCCUAUGGACCCUGACGUAUGACGUAUGAAUAAAUGCCUUCCAUGCC